UACAAUGACACCAUGAAAAUAAGAAAUUCUUGCACUGCAUUUCAUACUUUUUGUCAUAAAAAAGCAUUACAAAAUCGUGGAGGAGUGGUGCUGGUGAGAUUAUAAAACCAUGAAGAGGUUGAAAUAUUCAGCCCUGUUUAAACAGAAGCAGCAAUCGCAAGCAAGGAGCUCGAUGAAGGUAACAGGGGAAUUCUAAGAACCUGUUAGCAUGGCGAGAAUGACGUUUCUUUGCUCAGCUCUUACCUGUCAGCUUCUUCUUCUUCUUGUUUUGAUUUUGAUAAUUCUGAAUGUUGUUGCAUCUGGGGACGAAACAAAGAAUUUUUAUAUUGUUUACUUGGGAGGUAGUCCAUUGAGCAAAGACUCUGCAGUUCAGAAACACAUAGGCCUUCUCACCUAUGUCAAAGGAAGUGAACAUGAUGCCAAAGAGUCCAUGAUCUACAGCUACACGAAGACCUUCAAUGCCUUUGCUGCCAAGCUAUCCAAAGAUGAAGCUGAUAUGUUACAGGAAAUGGAUGAAGUGGUUUCUGUGUUUCCGAAUCGAUAUCACAAGCUACACACAACAAGAUCAUGGGACUUCAUUGGACUUCCUCUAACAGCUAGAAGAAAUUUGAAGAUGGAGAGAAACAUUGUUGUGGGUCUGCUCGAUACAGGGAUCACUCCGACGUCAGAGAGCUUCAAGGGUGACGGAUUCGGUCCACCACCCUCCAAAUGGAAGGGAACAUGCGGCCAUUUUGCAAAUUUCUCAGGAUGCAACAACAAGAUUGUAGGAGCUAAAUACUUCAAGCUUGAUGGCAACGCCGACCCUGCUGACAUUUUAUCGCCAAUAGAUGUGGAUGGCCAUGGCACCCACACCUCAUCAACACUAGCAGGUAACCUAGUUCCAAACGCAAGUCUCUAUGGGCUAGCCAAAGGCACUGCUCGCGGUGCAGUGCCAUCAGCUAGGAUAGCCAUUUAUAAAGUGUGUUGGGCCAGCUCAGGAUGUGCCGAUUUGGACAUUCUUGCUGCAUUUAACGAUGCAGCUAGUGAUGGUGUGGAUGUUAUAUCAAUAUCUAUUGGUGGGGCGACUCAGGAUUUUGUAACAGAUUCUAUAUCGGUUGGUGCAUUUCAUGCCCUGAAGAAGGGGGUAAUUACUGUGGCUUCUGCUGGGAAUGAAGGUCCGAGCUUGGGUUCUCUGUCCAACUAUUCCCCAUGGCUUCUUACUGUGGCAGCCAGUGGGAUUGACAGACAGUUUGCGAGCACAGUCAAAUUGGGUAAUGGAAGAAGUAUCUCGGGAAUUGGGAUUAACGCAUUUGAGCCAAAGGAAAAACUUUACCCCAUUGUCAGCGGGGCUGACGUUCCCGUGAACUCACAAAGCAAGGAAGAUGCAAGGUUCUGUUAUGAUAACACGCUGGAUCCUGGCAAGGUGAAGGGAAGGCUUGUUUACUGCAUACUAGGGCAGUGGGGUGCUGAUUCUGUUGUUAAAGGAAUUGGAGGUAUAGGCACUAUAAUUGCAAGUGAGCAAUACCUUGACACUGCUCAAAUUUUUAUGGCACCAGCUACCAUGGUGAAUGGAACUGUCGGAGAAACUAUUGAUAAAUAUAUACAUUCCACAAGAUCACCUUCAGCAGUGAUAUACAGGUCCCAUGAAAUCAAAAUUUCUGCUCCAUUUGUUGCUUCGUUUUCAUCUCGGGGUCCAAAUCCAGGCUCACAGCAUCUUCUCAAGCCUGAUAUUGCAGCCCCUGGCGUUGACAUCUUGGCAGCUUACACUCUUUUGAAGUCACUCACUGGACUGAAAGGUGACACCCAGCAUUCAAAGUUCACUCUCAUGUCUGGAACUUCCAUGGCCUGCCCACAUGUUGCAGGUGUAGCAGCCUAUGUAAAAUCAUUUCAUCCUACUUGGUCAGCGGCUGCAAUCAAAUCUGCAAUCAUGACCACAGCAAAACCAAUGAGCCGGAGGGUGAACAAUGAUGCUGAAUUCGCCUAUGGUGCUGGUCAAUUGAACCCUACCAGAGCCUUAAACCCUGGCCUAGUUUAUGACAUGGAUGAGAUGUCUUAUAUACAAUUUCUAUGUCAUGAAGGCUUCAGUGGAUCAUCUAUAGCUCAUUUAGUUGGUGCAAAAUCCUUUAAUUGCUCCACGUUGCUUCCUGGAUUUGGCUAUGAUGCUCUUAACUACCCAUCAAUGCAGCUUACCAUGAAAAGGGGCCAACCGCAAACUAUAGGUGUUUUUCAUCGAAGAGUCACCAAUGUAGGUCCUCCAUCUGUGUACAAUGCUACCAUCAAGGCUCCCCAAGGAGUGGAAAUCACAAUUAGGCCCAUGUGUCUCUUCUUCACACGUCCCUUACAGAAGCGGAGUUUCAAGGUUGUUGUGAAGGCAAAACCCGUGGCAAGCACUACAUUCUCGAUGCUAUCAGCUUCACUUGUAUGGAAAAGCACUCGUCACACUGUGAGAAGUCCUAUUGUUAUCUACAGUCUCCAAGACUAAUUGAUAAUGUUUGAAAGAAUGAGGGGAGCAGGUGUAAAACCUGUUAAUAAAAAGAAAGUCAGCCUUGCAUACUGCAAAAAUUUUAAUCUGUUUACACGCUUUGCUACUAUCUUAUGUAAAUCGUGACACAUAAGGAUUUUCAAGAACUUGGGU